AUGGACCCUUCAGAGGUCGAGUUCCUCGCUGAGAAAGAGUUGGUGAAAAUAAUACCCAAUUUCAACCUAGACAAGUUAUAUUUGAUCGGGGGGGACCUGGGACCUUUUAAUCCCGGCCUGCCACUGGAUGUCCCCUUGUGGUUGGCCCUCAAUCUCAAACAGAGACAGAAAUGUAGAGUCGUUCCACCAGACUGGAUGGAUGUUGAGAAACUUGAGGAGAUGCGAGAGCUUGAAAGGAGAGAGGCCGCCUUCACGCCCGUCCCCAGUCCUUACUACAUGGAACUGACCAAACUGCUGCUCAACCAUGCAUCUGACAACAUCCCCAAAGCAGACGAAAUCCGCACCCUCGUCAAAGACAUCUGGGACACGCGAAUAGCUAAACUCCGCCUUUCUGCAGACAGCUUCAUCAGUCAGCAGGAAGCGCAUGCUAAGCUGGACAACCUCACCCUGAUGGAGAUUAACACCAUUCGAGGGUUUCUCCUCCAUUCGCUCAACUGCAUGUACAAGCUGCGCUCCAAUCUGCAGCCGGGAUCCAGUAAAGGACAAUUUGCAGAUUAUUGA